AUGUCUGCUCUUAAUAAAGCCCUGAAAACCACUGAGGAAGUGGCCCUUCAAAUCAUCUUGCUUUGCCAGGUUGGUAUUGCAGCUGUGGCCAACAUUCUUCUGCUUGUCCAUAAUUUAUCUCCUAACUUUGCUGGCCCUCAACUGAGACCAAAACAUGUCAUUCUUGCCCACAUUACUGUAGGCAAUCUCUUGAUUAUCCUCCUCACUGGGUUUCCAAGCAAUAUCAUAGUUUUUGUUCCAAGGAAUCCUCUAAAUGACCUCAACUGUAAGCUUGAGUACUUCAUUCGUCUGGUGGCUCGAAGUGCAAACAUGUGUACUACUUGUGUCCUGAGCACUUACCAGUUUAUCGUUCUUGUUCCUGGCAAAUGGAGUAGAAUGAUACUCAGAGGAAAUACCUCCACAUUUGUGCACUAUUCUUGUAAUAGUUGUUGGAUUAUCAGUGUCUUAAAUAAUGUCUACAUCCCUAUAAAAAUCAGUGGUCCAUGGAACACAGACAAUGACACUGACCUGAACAGCAAGUGGGUAUGUUCUAUGUCUGGUUUCGAGUUAGUCAUGGUCUUCUUACGAUUUGUCCAUGAUACCAUGUUCAUCAGCAUCAUGGUAUGGACCAGUGUUUCCAUGAUGCUUCUCUUGUAUAGACAUCACCAAAGCCUGAAACACAUUCACAGGUCCAAUGGGAGCCUGGGACUUCAACCAGAGGCCAGAGCAGCAUACACAAUUCUCAUGCUGGUGGUCACAUUUGUAUGCUUUUAUCUUCUCGAUUGUAUGUGUAUUUUCUUUCACAUUUCUUUUGUGCAUUUUCGUGUAUGGUUGAGGCAUGUCAAUGAAAUUUUGGCUGCAAGUUUCCCCACCCUUUCUCCCUUAAUGUUGAUCUUUAGGGGUCCUAAAAAAAUAUCAGCCAAAGGGAUAAACACAGAAAAUGCUUUUAUUAACAGUCACUGA